AUGAGGAUACACAUGAUGUUACCAUUCAUCCAAAUAAUUCUUCUUGCACCAUCAGCAAUUUACCCAACUUAUGGCGUACCUAAAAAUACACAUAUUAACAACGUACCAUAUGAUCUUUUAUAUACACUCAUAACGAUAUUUGAGAACUCAGAACAAAUAUUUAAUACAUUUGGUGAAUUCAUUCAAACCAUUACUAAAUCACUGGAAGGCAUAUUUAAAGCCGCUACAGUAAAUGAUGUGAAAACGUUUAAAACAAAAACUACUGGUCAUAAGCAACGAAACGAACAAUCUUUAUUUGAAGCGUCAUAUAAAGGCGAUCUGAAGGGUGUUAAACGUCUGAUAGAUCUUAGCGUCAAUGUUAACGCUGUUUCAAAAAGUGGAUCAACAGCAUUAACGUUAGCAUCAGAGCAGGGUCAUGAUAAAGUUGUGGAUUUUUUGCUUCGACAUGAUGCAGACUUUACAAUUACUUUACCGGGUGGUUCAACUGCCCUCCUCUUGGCUACCAUCUAUAGACAUAAGAAAACUGUCGAAGUUCUACUGCAGAAGUAUUUUGUAAGCAACAAAAAUAUGCAGAAUAAUAAAACACAGAGCGUAGUAGAUAUUGGGAAAAAAAAUAUUUCGUUUGACAGGGAUGCAUUGCUAAAGUCUCUAAACAUGGCUUCACUUCAAGGAUUUUCUGAGAUCGUUGAAUUAUUUUUACCCCACAUUACACAAGACGAGGCACUCGAGGGAAUUCUUCUUGCAUUGUCUAGACAUCAUCAUUCUGUUUUGAAGGUUUUUUUUAAAAAGUACGAUGUUAAUCGCAUUGAUUUUAAAGGCACGUCACUGCUUUUCUACUGGUGUAAUAGGGGAGAUGAUUCAAAUGUUGAAUUUUUAUUGAAAAAUAACGCAGAUGUAAAUAAAUUAGAUUCAUCUGUUAAUUCAACGCCGUUAAUGACUGCUGCCUCUAAAGGUCGAUCAACCACUGUUAAACUCCUGCUAAAAUACAACGCAAACUUGAAUUUUAUAACAAAUACAGGCUUAAGCGCUCUGUUUGUUGCAAUGCAUCGAAAUUUUACGAAUGUUGUUAAAAUUCUUCUACAACACAAUGUCAAUGUAAAUGCCCGCCACAUGAGCGACGUGACCGCUUAA